CUUCCGGUUCCGACAGCCGAAUUGGCUGUCGCUGACCGAGGCCUUCUUACCGGUGAGGUGGCGCUGAGUUAAGUGGUCGCGAGCGCGGGAUUCGGGCGGGUUGCAGGACCUGGAUCUAGAAGGGCUUUGCCUGAAAUGGACAACCGGAUUCCCUAUGAUGACUACCCUGUGGUCUUCCUGCCGGCCUAUGAAAACCCUCCAGCGUGGAUACCUCCUCAUGAGAGAGUGUACCACCCAGACUACAACAAUGAAUUGACCCAGUUUCUACCCCGAAUUGUCACACUGAAGAAGCCUCCUGGUGCUCAGUUGGGAUUUAACAUCCGAGGAGGAAAGGCCUCGCAGCUAGGCAUCUUCAUCUCCAAGGUGAUUCCAGACUCGGAUGCACAUCGAGCAGGACUUCAAGAAGGGGACCAAGUUCUAGCUGUGAAUGAUGUGGAUUUCCAAGAUAUUGAGCACAGCAAAGCUGUGGAAAUCCUGAAGACAGCCCGAGAAAUCAGCAUGCGCGUGCGCUUCUUUCCCUACAAUUAUCAUCGCCAAAAGGAACGGACUGUGCACUAGAGACUUGCAGCCCACAGCCUUCCGUGUGGGAUCUGCCAGGACAAGCUGGCUAGACCUCUGAGAAGUUGGAGAAGUCAGGAAAUUGUACUCUCCACACCGUCCUGGUUUCGUGGAUGGGGAGGAUGGGGAGGAUGGGGAGGAUGGGGAGACGGCUUACCAGCUGUAUUAUGUAUUAGCUGUACUGUACUAGGAGGUCCCUAGUUUGCUAGGUGAGUUUCAUUCUGGAAAAGGAAGAAGAUAGUGAUGUCUAAAUGCCUGUAGCCUGUGGGGCAAAGCCAACUAGAAAACAACUGGUGUUUAUCAGGUACCUUAGAUUGGUCACUUAUACAGCUAAUUUUAUUCGUAGAAAUCAGUAGAAAAAAACUCUUGGGAACCUUCCAGCUGGGCGUGGGAACCUUCCAUCUGAUUUGCCUGGCCAUGCCAUCCAGUCCUUGUACAUAUACCUUGGAGUCCCAUACACUUAGAAAACUCCAAGGAGACACUUCCUGCUCCUCCCCGCCCCCACCCAAAGUAAAAACACAAUACUGAAUAAAUGUGGCUUGAGUGAUACUACUGCUUGAAUAUAAAAUGCCAUUGAGGAAAACAAAUACAUCAAUCAAACACUGGGAGAAACAGCAAUGUCAUACUUACUUUACAACUGUUAUCAGGCCAGAAUACUUGGGAGCUUAAAAAACACUAGCCAUCGAAUACCCAAGGGAGCUGGGCAGUGGUGGCGCACGCCUUUAAUCCCAAGGGAGGCAGAGGCAGGCGGGUUUCUGAGUUAAAGGCCAGCCUGGUCUACAGAGAGCAACCCUGUCUCUCAAUACUAAGGGAUCCCUAGAGUCAAGGUCUCUGGGUAAAACUGCCCCUUCCCCAGGAGUGUUCCACUUGGUGCUACAGAGGUUGGUGUUAAUAUAAUAUAUAUUUUCCCACAUUCUCUGAUCUGGAACUUAAGCCAAGGAAGUGGCAUAGAUUAUUCCUUUUCACAGCAGUAGGAAAAUGGUUUCCCACUUGUAGUUAGUGGGAAUUACCAACUUCCUCCUUUUUCUGACCCUACCCCCAUUUGGGGUAGCUUUCUGUUGUCCUCGUGACUGAACAUUACAUACCUCGCACCGAUCAUGAUGGUGUUGUCUCCAUUGUCUGACAUUAAAAUACCCAGUCAUAAUUGAAAGGUUCUUUUCUCUGGAGGAGGUGCUGCUAUAGCGAAAGCCCAACAUUUGACUUAAAAAGAAUCCUAGGGAGAGCAGAGCCAUCGAGGGGACUCUCUGGGCUGAAAGGAUGCCUUCUUCCAAGGCUGACAAUCUGAGUUUGAUCUCCAGGACCCACAUGGUGGAAGGAGAGAAAAGGCUCCCAAAGUUGUCUGUUCUUCGACUGCAGGGAGUGGCAAGCAAACAUGUGCAAGAAUCCUGGAGCUGAACAGAAUCUCCUACCUGCCUCUGGAGAGUGAUUCUUUUCAUUUGAGAGAGAACCCAGGAAUCUACCUUAUUUGUUUAUUUACUUAUUUGGGUUUUUAUUUUUUGUUUUGGUUUUGCUUGUUUUUGUUUUGUUUUGAGGCAGGGUUUCUCUGUAGCUUUGGCUGGUUUGGAACUCACUCUGUAGAGCCUCUUGAACUCACAGAAAUCCUUUGCCUCUGCCUCCUGAGUACUGGGAUCAAAGGUGUGAAUCACCACUCCCACCCCCACCCAGGCUGGAAUCUACUCUUUUAAAUAAGCAAGAUAAAAUUUCAACUGGCUGAAAUGUG